ACUGUGCAAAAAACAGCUGAUAAAUUAGUAAGUGUCCGGCAAGCAGUAAACACAACAACAAAUCACAUAUGUAAUACCUAUGAAAACUGAUCACGAACGGUUUCAGCCGUCCGUAGAGUAACAGAACAAGAAAAAAAUGUCAUAGUAUUGUUGUUGUUAUUUGUUCAAAUACUAUAUAUUAUUCUACGUCGCGCUUGCAAGCUUUGCUCUACUCGCCGUUCCGAAUUACGCGAAGAUCAGGUUCAUUGAUGCUGUGUCAAGUGUGCGUAAAACAUUGUCAACCAAGUGCUUAAGCAUCUUUCAGUGAACCCGAUUAUGGAAAAGGAAAGGUUUUCUUUACUUCUGUUGGAACCAGGAGAAAUCUAUUUCGAAGAUUUCUCCGUGGAUUUAUUGCAACUUGAUGACACAACAUGUCUUUCUUCGUCAUUGCCGUCUACGCGAGCGUUGAUCGGUCGGCUUAAAAUGUGCUCGAAAUCUAUAGUUUUUGAAACCAAAGGCAACCAGAAACUGCCGCUGAUCAAGAUAGCAUACAAGGACUGCCUUCAAAUAAAACGAUGGGAAUCGACUAGCCUGAGGACAAUGGAAACCAACGUACUGCUAAUCGAAUGCAGUCAGUACACGGAGAUGUUGAAUGAUAAUGUGGUACAGCCGUAUCUGUUCCGGCAAAAGCGACGAAAUUUUCUGUUCAAUUUUCACUACGCCAAACUGGAUGAUUACAUUCAACAAUUCAAUCAGCUUUUUCGGGCAUCGACUUUGCAUGCCUAUGAGCAGAACAGCAUGAUAGCAACAAUUGUUUUUUCUCGGCACAACCGGGUGAAAUUUGAUCCACUCUGGUUGGACAACCUGUACGAGCAAAUUAUCGUCGACUACCAGGUGGACGAAAUUAAUCCUCUUGUGGUGAAUCCCGGCCGGCUGCUGCUGACGAAUGUGUUCGUGUACUUUCAGCCGUACAACAAUAUUCAAACGUACCCCGUUCUAAAAAUACAUGUAAAAUGGAUCAAAAGUUUUAUCAAGCGCCGCUUUCUACUGCGACACGUCGGCCUGGAGAUAAAGUGGACGCAUGCAGAUCGAAGUCAGCUUCUGUAUGUCUCGUUUCGCACCCAAAUCGAGCGGGAUGACUUCUACAGCAAUGUGAUAAGGCAGAAAGAUUUUUCCGUGAUCGAACAAAUUCCGGAAAGCAUCACUCUCAAGUGGCAAAACGGACUCAUCUCAAAUUAUGAUUAUUUGCUGUAUUUGAAUAGUUUGGCCGAUCGAACAUAUCAGGAUUUGACGCAGUAUCCGGUUUUUCCGUGGGUCAUAUGUGAUUACAGUUCGGAACAGCUGAAUCUGAAUGACCCAAACGUUUAUAGGGAUUUGACUAAGCCGGUCGGUGCCCUGAACAAGGAGAGAUUACAAAGACUGAAGGAGCGUUACGAGGAGAUGGGCGAACCCAAAUUCUUGUAUGGAUCGCACUACUCGGCUCCGGGAUUGGUCCUGUUCUAUCUGGUGAGAAAAUAUCCAAAACUAAUGCUGUGUCUACAAAACGGAAGAUUCGAUCAUCCCGAUCGCAUGUUUAACAAAGUUGAGGACGUGUAUAAUAACUGCUUGCAAAACAUGGCGGACUUCAAAGAGUUGGUACCGGAGUUUUACGAUACCGAGACAAGAGGAGACUUCCUGGUCAACAAGAUGAAGAUCAAUUUUGGACAACGAUUCGAUGGUGUUGCGGUAAAUCACGUGCAGCUACCCAGAUGGGCCGAGGGAUCCCCGGAAAAGUUUGUGCGAAUCCUUCGAGACGCUUUGGAAUCUGAUUAUGUAUCUUGUAAUCUGCAUUUUUGGAUUGAUUUGAUAUUUGGGUACAAGCAAAGAGGCGAAGAAGCCGUUAAAGCGGAUAAUUUAUUCUAUCAUCUCUGCUACGAAGGUUCGGUCGAUCUGGAUCAAAUUAAAGACCUGGCAGCGCGGCAUGCUCUUGAGGUGCAAAUUUCAGAAUUCGGUCAAAUUCCGAAGCAACUGUUCAAAACUCCACACGUUUCGAAACUGAUGAAAAUCGAAGCUCCUCUGGAAAGUUCUGCUACCCUGUCCCCUGGCGAAGAAGUUCGGAUUGAUCUGGACAUUCAGUACUACUCUCACAAAGACGAAAUAACUUCGUUGCUGCUGGAUGAAACGGGCGGUAGCAUUUUCACAACAAGCAAGGAUGGCACCUUCAAGUGCUACAGUUUAACGGAGAAACGGCAGAUUCGCAGCGUACAAGUCAGUGACAUGCCCCUGAGCGCUGCACGGCUAACCAAUGGGAAGUCUAUAAUUCUAGGCUGUUGGGACAAUAGCAUAAUCAUUUACAAUUUGGAUUAUGGUAAAAUUUCGCACGCGAUACCAGCUCACGACGAUGCCGUGUCUUGUUUGUCGAGCAUGGAAGAUAACGAACUGUUAGUAUCUGGCAGCUGGGAUUGUAGUGUGAAAAUAUGGAACAGUUUUCAUAUCGAUGCGGUGAUUGGUUAUUUGUCGUUAGAGGACAAAAUCGUCUGUCUCGACACGUUCCAAUCGGAUACGCGUCUGAAGGUUGCUGUGGGCACUGCACUUUCCAGAGAAGCACUUCACCGACAACCGAUCGAUGUUGAAUACCAGGACCACAAGCUCAUUGUCACGCAUCGGGGCGCAGUAUGUGCCGCUCGGUUCAAUCGGAACUGUUCACUGAUUGUCAGUUGUGGUGAGGAUCGCAUGUUCAACAUUGUGGACAUCGAUACAGGAAUGGUGAUCUUCAAACGGGAAAUGCCGGCCGUAGUGGGAACUCUUUGCUGGACAAAGGACGACAAACAUUUGCUCAUGGGCGAUCGAUCUGGAAUUUUGCACGUAUGGAAUAUGCUGGAAGGGACAAUUCAAAUGAAUAUAAGAAUGCAUUCCGACGUUAUUUAUUGCAUUGGAUGCACAUACGAUGCACAGAUUGUCACCAGUGGGAAAGACGGUCGAGAUUAUUGUGUGAAAACGUGGAAAAGCAAUCUGUGAACAAGCAAUUGGCAUUAGUUGUUUACUUUCGUGUUUGAGUGCGAAAUUUUUCAAUAUCUUUGUUUCGAUUUUAACUAUGUAAUAGGAAAAAAAUAAAGCAUUCAAUUUCAAAAACAA